CAAACGCAUAAGUGAGGUUAGGUUGCGGUUUUAUUUACGUCAUAUUGCUAGCUGUCAAUAUGAAAAAAAUUAAAAGUGAGGUUAGAAAAAAUGUCGCCGCUUUUUGUGUAGGAUUUUGCCGUCGUGUACCCAAAUUGUUAAAUUUGUCCCGUUUUUAACUUAAAAAAACCCAAAAUUCAUGUAGAAAAUCAUUUUGCACAUCAUGAAGCUUCAAAAUUUUUUGUUUCUAUUUGUUUUGCUUUCAUGUUUGAGCUUACAAGGAAACACAGCCAAACAAAAUAAUAAAAACCUCGUGGAAAAUCUCACCGACUUUAAAGACCUUAAGAAGUUACUUAGAACCAAAACUAAUGUUCUUGUGUGUUUUUAUAAUUCAUACAAGAAAGCCCAGAGUAUUCUCACUACUCUGGGCGAUGUAGCUAAAAAUGUGAAAGGAGAAGGAGUCAUCGCUGUAAUAAAUUGUUCCGGGGAAGCAAAAAAGCUUUGUAAGAAACUAAAGAUCACUUCAAAUGAGCCUUUUGUGAUCAAGCACUAUAAAGAUGGGGAGUUUAAUAAGGAUUAUGAUCGUAAAUACAAUGAAAAAUCUAUAACGCAAUUUAUGAAGGACCCCACCGGAGAUCUGCCUUGGGAGGAAGAUGAUUCGGCCAAAGACGUUCUGCAUAUUCCAGAUCCAGGAACUUUGGCGAGGUUCCUGAAAAGGGAGGGCCGACCCAUUUUGAUCCUGUUUUACGCCCCAUGGUGCGGCUAUUGCAAAACCCUUAAGCCAGAGUACGCUCAGGCUGCCACAGAGUUAAAAGACCACUCAGUAUUGGCAGCGGUCGAUGUUAAUAGACCAGAAAAUGCCCACUUGAGGACUCAGUAUAAUAUUACCGGGUUUCCCACCAUGUUGUACUUUCUAAAUGGCCACGUUAAAUUCCCUUAUGAGGGGGAAAACAAACGGGCGGCACUGGUGCAGUUUAUGCACAACCCUGUGCCCCCACAAGUGAAAGUAAAAGAGCCCGAGUGGUCAGAUUCAGUUUCAGAUGUCAUCCAUUUGACUUCGUUGACAUUUGAUAGCACUUUGAAGGCAUCCGAGUCUGUUUUGGUGAUGUUUUAUGCACCCUGGUGUGGACAUUGUAAGAGAAUGAAACCCGAGUAUGAGGCCGCGGCUGCUCAGAUGAAAGAACAGGGGGUUAAAGGCAUAUUGGCAGCGGUGGAUGCCACUAAAGACCCUUCGGUAGCGUCCAGGUUUAAUGUGAAAGGGUAUCCGACUGUCAUCUAUUUUUCUAAGGGCGAACAGCUUUAUAGUCCCAAUGUGCGAGAGGCGGCAAAAAUCGUCGAUUUUAUGAGGGACCCGAAGGAGCCGCCACCACCGCCCCCGCCAGAGAAACCGUGGAGCGAGGAGCCGAGCGACGUGCUACACUUGAACGAGGAAAACUUCAAGCCGGUGUUAAAAAAGAAAAAGCACGUCCUGGUGAUGUUUUAUGCCCCCUGGUGCGGGCAUUGCAAAAAAGCCAAACCGGAAUUCGCGGAGGCUGCAGCGGAGUUUCGGGAUAAUCCUCGUGUAGAAUUGGCCGCCGUAGACUGUACUGUAGAUCAGUCAGUGUGUAACGCCUUUGACGUUAAAGGGUAUCCCACUUUUAAGUAUUUCAGUUAUUACAAUAAGGAGAGUAAGGAUUAUAGUGGAGGCAGAACGAAACCAGAUUUCGUGCAGUACCUUCAGCAAGUGUCCAACGCAAAACCGACUUCAAACGAACAAUCGAUCGGUAUGGGGGAAGCGUGGAACGUCGAUUCGGCCCUUUUAAAGUUAACCGAGAGGAACUUCAAGAAGGAAUUGGACAAAAAUAGACUGAUGUUGGUUAUGUUUUAUGCCCCCUGGUGCGAGCAUUGUAAACGUAUGAAACCGGACUACGUGGCGGCCGCGAAAGAUAUGAAAAAGUCCGGGGUCUGUACCCUGGCGGUGAUCGAUUGCAUCGAGAAUCCGGAUAUCGCGCAACAGUACGAUAUCGAGGGAUUCCCCACGAUUAAACUGUUUAAACACGGGAAAUAUGUGGCGGAUUACAAAGGAAAACGGACCGUGGACGAUAUCAAGCAGUUCCUGUCGAAACAUUCGGGUAAAGAUGAACUUUGAAACUAGAGGAUCGUGCGCUGCAUUAGGUUUUAUACAAUCCUCGUUUUCUUGAAAGAAUCUCGAUAAGUUUGCUCGAUUAAUACCCAGAACUCUAUACAAUGAAUUAUAGUUGUGAUUUUAAUUAUAAGAAAAGCAAUUUUUGGGGCUCAUUGUAUAUAAACCUUUAGAUGUGAUUUUUUUUACUUUUGUACUUACUUUUUUGUUUUUUUUUCUACUAAUUGUACCACACACUCGCACACAUUUUUGUGUAAAAAAAAACUUGUGAAAACA